AUGUUUGUUCAUCGUCUCUGGACGCUCGCAUUUCUCUUUCUUGCGCAGGCUUCAAAGGCAUCACAACUGCAGAAUAUCAAAUCCUUACUAGAUAUUGAGGACAAUGUGCUACCCAAUCUGAAUAUAUCGCAAAAUAACAGUAACGCUGUGCAAAUCCUUGGCGGUGUGGACGCCAUAUCAUUUUACAAAUAUACAGGCCAGCAAAAUUUCACCAAAGGUAUAAGCCCGGGAACAAACUCGCAUGGACUUGUUUACUACUCUAACAAUACCUAUAUCCAGUUGGAAGAUGCGUCUGAUGAUACUCGAAUAGACAAGAUCACGCCAUUCGGUGACGAUUCGUUUAUCCUUAGUGGAUCAGGCACAAUAAACAAUAUAUCAGUGGGAAAUCAGAUAUUAUACAACUUAUCGACGCUAUCUAUGGCACCUAUAUUCAAUCAGUCGUUAGGAGAUGUGGAGACUGUGCUUGUGAAUGAUACUUCUGUCUAUUUUGGAGGAAACUUUUCAUAUAACAAUGGCUCCAUGAUAGGGCAUAGUGCUCUCGUUUGGGACGCCAUGUCAGAUACCGCGCAACUUUUACCUUUUGGAGGAUUUGGUGAAAACUCCAAUGUGAAUUCAAUUCUCAAGCUUAAUGAUGACAAUAUUGUCUUUGCGGGAAAGUUUUAUACAUUGGAUGAUUCUUCUGUGCUUAUCACCAGUUCCAAUAAUGGUACAAAUUCAACCUUCUCGUUAAAUGCUACAAAAUUGGAGCUGGGGCAACGGAUUUCUUUGAGGUAUGCUUCCUGGGAUUCUCAAGGAAGUACAACACUUGCAUCUAAUUCGUUAGUUUGCCCCAAUGACAAUGGAAAUGCAUGGUUAUAUCCUGCCACAUCUGGAUCUCUGGUUUGCAACCUACCUUAUGAAGUUUCACCAACAAAAAUAAGACUCUAUAACUCGCAAGAUGCGGGCAGUGAAAUCGCUUUGUUUCAAAUUCUGACUAAUCCAUCAAGUAGUAUAAUGAACUUAACGUAUCUAGACCCACUGAGUGGGGAGUUAAAAAAUUGUGAUGAGUUUUGCCCUUUGUAUAGUCGGGCCACUUUACUAGCAGCAAGCCAAAAUGCGUCCUCAUCCAUGGACAUGAUUACCUUUAUCGAUGGUAAUAAUACAGAUGUGAAAUGGUCAUCAGAUUUCCAGGAUUUUGCUUUUGCAAAUGAGCUUCCUGUAACGUCCUUGAAACUUAUAGCUUUGAAUUCAUACGGGGACAGCAUUGGAUUAUCCGGUUUAGAACUUUACCAGAAUACAUUUUCCACUUAUGCCAACAACUCACUGAACGAAUAUGGUUGUAGCGCGCUGGUCAAUGAUUCAUCGUCAUCCAUAUUAUCGAACAAUAGUUGGUAUAAUGGAUUAACAGGCGAAAGUUAUAUAGCUACAAACUACAUUCCAGAUCAGAAUGAGCCAAUUCCACGUGUGAAAUUCUACCCUAACAUUAUCCACUCUGGUCACUAUACCAUUAAUACAUAUACACCGGGAUGUGUCCAGGAUAAUACUUGCUCUUCAAGAGGUAUUGUGAACGUAACUGUGUGGAAUCCACAAAAUAAUACAAUGAUGAAAACUUACACGAUUUAUCAAAAUAACGAUAAUUUAAAAUAUGAUCAGAUUUUUUCCGGAUAUCUAGAUUUCUCACCGGAGAUUGUUUUGGAAUAUAUCUCUGGAAUCUAUUCGAGUAACACUGCUACGGUGGUCGUGGCGGAUCGAGUCAAUGUUAUUACUGUUUCUCUUGAUACUUUUAAUGCUCUUUCGGAGAUUAACAAUGUGAAAAGACAAACGCCAUUGAAUGGUAUUUUUCAAUAUCAAAAAUCAAACUUUACUGGCACGACAUCAAACAAAACAAAGGUAGGUAAUACGACCUUAAAUCUUUUCCCGGUAAACAAUUAUCCCAAAAACGCAUCCCUAUUAGUUGAAAUCUACAACGACAAAUUGAUAGUUGGUGGAGUGAGUAACCGCAUUUCCACUAUUGACUUAAAUGAGAACUUUGAAAUAAAGUCGAGUGAAAAUCGAACCAUACAAGGUGAUGUGUAUGGCAUAACGAAGACCGGUCAAGGUUUGCUAAUAUAUGGGGAUCUCCGUUCUUCCGAUAAUCAAUCAACUGUUUUACUCUUUAAUGAAUCCUUUGGAAAAGUUCCCAACUAUUCUAAGAGAGUAAAUAGUGCCACCAAUAUUAGCAUUGCAGACAAUGAAUUAUUCGUUUUUGAUAACAAUUACAUCAUCAACGCCUCUUCCAAUGCGCAGAUAUCAAAUUCUACUUCAUUUAGUCUAUCACUUUGGGCGGCUGGUAACAACGGUAACGGUGAUGUUUUGUUCUCAGGUACAGUGUCUCAUAUGGAAUUUAGUAAUUUGAAUGGAUCUGCGAGUUUCAAAAAUGAGGAUCAAGUGCAGGCACUAAAUAUAGGGAGAGGUAUUGUACCGUACUUUGGUGCAUAUUUAAAUGAAUCAGUCUCAGCAUACGCAUAUGAAACGGAUGCUCUCAAUAAGAUCUACUUUUCUAAUAAAGUCAACCCUUCCUGGAAUUGGUCUAACACUAUAACUCGGAUGUUGUACGCUAAUAAUCAAACCAUGUUAGUUGUUAGUUCAGAGUCCUCAAGUACGGCGGAUCUGACGAUUUUUAAUUUGAGGAAUAUGACAACAAUUGCUAACGAAACGCUGGGAUCGAAUGCAAAAGUCAGUGCAUUGGUUAAUUUUGAAAAAAAUAGUAGCAUACUAGUUGGCGGAGAUUUCCAAAUUACUAAGCCAAACUGUUCCGGACUAUGUCUGUAUAAUUAUGAAACGAAAUCAUGGUCCACCUUCUUCAAUAACACGAUUUUUGGUGAAGUCACCCAGCUUUCCCUCGCUAAUUCGUCAGAAUUAAUUAUUUCUGGUCUUUUUAAUACAAGAGAACACCAAUCUAUACGAUUAGGCUCCUUUAAUUUGAACAAUUUCACCAUGGUCCCAUUAUUAUCAGGAUCGGAAGGGAAAUUAAAUUCAUUUGUUGUUACCGAUAAUUCUCUUGUCGCAUGGAAUGACACUUCGUUAUUUAUUUAUGGAAAUCAAAAAUGGAAUAUAACUUCAUUACCUAGCGAUGACAGUUUGAUCGGCUCUGUUUCCACUAUAAGCACUAACACAAAAUCCGACACUUUAAACAAGAGAGCAACCAACAAUGCCCAUGAUGGUAGUAUCCUCCUCCUUAACGGUAAUUUCACCAUGCCACAAUAUGGUAACUUACAGAGCUUGUUAUUUGAUUUUCAAGCCUGGACCCCUUACUUUAUCUCAGAAAUAUCCAAUUCUUCCAACUACAAUCCAACUUUUUUUAUCAAUAGAGACGUUUCAACUGAAUUUAAUUCUCAAAUCACACUUCCCAACUUAAAUAUCACUGUGACAAACCCCCAGUCGACGUCAUCCCAAUCUCCAAGUACAUCAGCGACUAGUGAGUCUAAGUCAAAAUCAGAAAAGAAGAAAAUAGAUCGUGGAUUUGUUGUUCUAAUUGGUCUUGCACUAGCAUUAGGGACAGUUUCUGUCCUCGGUAUUGUGGGCGUCAUUCUUGCCUAUGUAUUCAAAGAUCCAGAGGGUGAUUACAAACCAAUUAAACCGCGUAUUGAUGAGAAUGAAAUGCUUGAUACCGUUCCUCCCGAAAAGCUCAUGAAGUUUGUCUAA